CCCAGCAGAGUCAGUCAGAGUGAUAACAUAGCAGAGCAGCAUCACAGACAGAGAGGGAAGCACAGCACAGGACAGACUUGACAGCUUCAAGAGGUUUCAGCGACACUGUCAAGUGUUCCGUAACGCCCAACCGCGAGGGGGCAUAUAUAUGAUAGUGGUGGAUCUGGAACACAGAGCUAGGAUAUCUAAAAGAGCGAGUGAGAAGCAGAUAAAUCAAAGGUGAAAUACUUGAUUCAACAGGCACAGACUGACGAGAAACAUGGCUCAAAUUGCUACAGAAGAAAUGCCCCGGCAUUUCCCAAGAAUUUCAAUGAGCGAGGUGGAUGAGAGAGUUCGCCUCAUCGCAGAGAAGGUAUACGCCUCAGCUCUUAAGGAAGAAGACAGCAAAGAAGUGUUGGCACUGUUCACCGUGCCAGAGGACUGUCCCAUCGGUCUACAUGAGACCAGAGAGAGGGCACUGAAGAAGGAGCUGGCAGAGGAUCAGUCACAAGAAUCUGUGAAAAGGAAGAAGAACUUUAUGUUCAAGCGUUCGCAGUCAGUAUGCUUACAAAUACCUUUUGGAGGAGACUGGACUCCAUCUGUGGUUUCACCAAUGCCUUCUCUGGCCCCAGUUGAGCCGGGCUUUCCCAAGAGUUUCCCAGACUUCCAAAGAGUUACUAUCAGUGGAGAUUACUGUGCUGGGAUCACAGUUGAGGAUUAUGAGCAGGCAGCUAAAACUCUCCUUCGAGCGCUGUGUAUCAGAGAGAAGUACACCAAGCUCGCCUACCACCGUUUCCCCAGGACCACGGCCCGAUUCCUACGCACCGCUGAAAAUGAAAAGUGGCAAGUGGAGGACGAGACGUUACCAGACAUUUGGCCUUUUCCUCAUGAAGGAGAGGAUCCAUAUUCCAUGGAAGGUAUUCCUGAAGACUUAAACUAUGAGCUCCAGAUGAAAGACGGCAUCGUUCAUGUUUAUGACAACACAGAAGCUCUGAAACAAGAGCAGCCCCACAGCCUGCCCUACCCCGACCUGGAGACGUUCGCUAUAGACCUGAGCUACAUCCUUGCUAUGAUUGCUGAUGGUCCAACAAAAACGUACUGUCACAAAAGGCUGAACUUUCUGGCCUCCAAGUUCUACCUUCACGAGAUGUUAAAUGAAAUGGCUGAGCUGAAAGAGCUGAAAGUUGUUGCACACAGGGACUUUUACAAUGUCAGGAAGGUGGACACACACAUCCAUGCUGCAGCGUGUAUGAACCAGAAACAUCUGCUGAAGUUCAUUAAAACCACUUACCAGACAGAGGAAGAUCAGGUGGUUCUGGAAAAAGGCUCUCAGAAGAUCACACUGAAGGAAGUCUUCAAAAAGUUGAACAUGGACCCUUAUGAUCUCACUGUGGACUCUCUGGAUGUACACGCUGGAAGACAAACAUUUCAUCGCUUUGACAAGUUCAACUCCAAGUACAACCCAGUGGGAGCCAGUGAACUGCGAGAGAUUUACCUGAAGACAGACAACUACAUCAAAGGGGAAUACUUUGCCCGGAUCAUCAAGGAAGUGGCUAAGGAGCUGGAGGAGAGUAAAUAUCAGCACGCUGAGCCUCGUUUGUCCAUCUACGGCCGCUCUCAGAGCGAGUGGGAGGGUCUGGCAACCUGGUUUAUUCAGCACAAAGUGCACUCACCCAACAUGAGAUGGAUGAUCCAAGUUCCAAGAAUCUAUGACAUUUUCAGGUCACAGAAAUUAGUCCCAAACUUUGCCAAGAUGCUGGAAAACAUCUUUCUACCUCUUUUUGAAGCAACGGUGAACCCACAGAAGCACAAGCACAUCCACGUAUUUUUAAAAUACGUGACAGGAUUUGACAGUGUGGAUGAUGAGUCCAAGCACAGUGACCACUUGUUCACUUACAAAAGUCCGAAACCUGAAGCAUGGACUGAAGAUGACAACCCUCCCUACACCUACUACCUGUUCUACAUGUAUGCCAACAUCAUGGUGCUAAACAACCUUCGCAAGGAAGGAGGACUCAACACUUUCCAGUUUCGUCCCCACUGUGGUGAGGCUGGAUCCAUCACACAUCUCGUCUCUGCUUUUCUGACAGCUGACAACAUCUCUCAUGGACUCAACCUCAAAAAGAGUCCAGUCUUGCAGUACCUGUACUACCUGGCCCAGAUCCCAAUCGCCAUGUCUCCACUGAGCAACAACAGCCUGUUUCUGCAGUAUUCAAAAAACCCUUUGCACGAAUUCCUACAAAAAGGCCUGUGUGUUUCUCUGUCCACUGAUGACCCUAUGCAGUUCCAUUACACCAAGGAGCCUUUAAUGGAGGAAUAUGCAAUUGCUGCCCAGUUGUGGAAGCUCAGUACCUGUGAUCUGUGUGAAAUAGCGAGGAACAGUGUGCUGCAGAGUGGCCUCUCACACCAGGAAAAGAAACACUUCAUCGGCCCCAACUACCUUGAGGACGGACCAGAGGGCAACGACAUACGGCGGACAAAUGUGGCACAAAUACGCAUGGCCUAUCGCUACGAAACUCUGUGCAACGAGCUGAGUUUUCUAGUGGACGCCGUAAAGACUGAUGAGGUCAUUAACCCAUCGCAGUAAUCAACUGCAGUAGUGAAAACUGUAACCUGCACACUGUGGGUAAGAGCAAGCAAACACAAAUCUGUUUUUUAACAUAACUUUAAAAAAGCCAUUCUAGAGACUUAAAGUUAUGUUUUAUUCAAUUGACAUUUGAAGCAGCUGUUAGCAUAAUCUUAUUUAGCUUUGUAGGUUUCUCUGCAGCUUAGCAAUAGAAGAGCAAUGCAGCGGUCAGUAGAAGCAAAAGAAGGGCUGUCUUGAUGUUGUAGUCAACAGAGCUCUGAUUGGUCUGCAGACAUAUUCAUACUGCCGUAAUAUGGCAAUAAAAAAAUGGCAAUUUGUUACUGUUACUGCAAACCACCCUUACCUUUAUUAUUACAACUUCACUUCUGCUGUGAAAUACAUUUCAACCACAAAGCAGAUUUGAAUUAAGCAAAUUGUGUUUUGUUAUGGACAAAUGUAGAAGCAGGGCAUAAACGUCAAUUUUUUGUGAAAGCAUGUUUUGUAAAGUUUUAUAAAUUUAUAAAUCUUUUCAUUUUCAUAGUUCAUCUUUUAAACGUAAAUGAUAACUGCACAAUGAAUGAUCCUCAGACAGGUUCACAUCUAACAAGUCUGAAGUACAUUGUGAUUUGAUUGACUUUUUUAUGUUUUUAAUGUUUCUCAGGUUUUAUAUGUAAAAUAAAAACUACAUAACAGUU